AUGAAAGCUGUGACGGUGACAGGGUCGAGGAAGAGGCCUUUUGCGCUGGCUGCGGGGUUGUUGGUGUUGGCUGGGACUGUGAUUUGGAGGUAUUGGGACGAAAACUACGGCGGGACAAAAACAACAAACGACAAAGGCAAAGGCAAACCAAAACCAGCCGUCUUCGUCCUCAAGCGAACUCCCCUACGGCAUCAUCUUCUCCCGCUUCAUCGCCGCUUCAUCGCCGCGACCCUCGCCUCAUCACUCGCCUUCUACACCAUCACCGAGCGCCGGCUCAUGCAGCACGCCGCUCUGCUCGUGGCCAUCCUCGUGCUAUCCGCGGCCUGCUUCUUUCUCUCGGCCGCGCCAACAUUAGAACAGGCUGCCUUUUGGGUAUUUUGCCCGUUCGAGGCCGCCGUCGGCAUGUACUGGCCGUGCAUGGGCUACCUCAAGGGGCGGUUGGUCGAUGACGCAGUGUGCGCUCAGGUGUAUGGGAUAUUGAGAAUACCCCUGAACAUCUUUGUUGUUGUCUCGCUGCUGCUGACCGGGGACGGGAACUCCUUCGGGACAGUCUUCUCUGCCUGUUCUUCUCUCCUGCCUGUCUCUGCUGGCGCGCUGUGGGCGCUUAUGGCAAAUCAUGCGCAAUAG